AGUGAGUGCCAUUUUCUGAAUUUUUAAGCUUGAAAAAUUUGAGUAAUUUUGCUUGGCAAGAGGUUUAGGUUGUUACUACAAUGGAGAGCCCUCAUGAGCACCAACAAAGCCUGUUGCUGUCACGUAUUAUUACAAACGUGGGCAAAUUAAAUGAAGCUGUCAUGGUCCUGAACCAAAGCCUUCAAGAAAUCAAUAUUCAGAAUAUGAACGUCGAAUUGGUAGCACAGAUGUUCAAGAACUAUCAAUCGAAUGUUUUAUUCCAUCUCGAAGCUACCGACAGCCUUCAACCCCCUUCAUAACGGACUUUUGUGUGCUUGUCAAUAUCGCAUUUCCUACUGAUGAAUUCGAGCUUUUAUUGGUGUUUUUCUGGCGUUAUACAUCUUUGUAGGCUUGCUGUAUAAUUAUCAAGUUUAAGAUUGUAGAUGAAAGCCAUAAGUUAUCAGUUUAGCGAGUCAACCCGCAUGGAGUCUAUUCAUUGCGGAAUGGUAUGGGGUAAGAACCAUUAAUGAGAGCUUAGUGUGAUAAUUAUCUGUCCCUC